GGAGAGAUGAACAAAGGCUAAGCAGGACUGUAAUGCUUUUGCUUUUGCUUUUGAGGGCUGUUGAAGUGUUUUCUUCGGAUUAAGAUUAGGUUUUGACUGACCGGUGAGCAAUGUCUCAGCGACAAACCCACGAGAAGCAGCAAGAGAAACAGUUAUCCCUCCGUCAGCGGGUGGCGCUGUUUCAGUCCACCACCCCUACCAAUGAAAGAAGAGAUGGAGGACGUGGUGCAGGUGGGACGAGGAAGGAGAGGACAGAGACAAACAGCCCAGUCUCUUCGUCUCGUCCUGUCCAAACAGAAAUCAAAGAUGGUAAAGCCUGCUCCCCCUCAGGCUUUAGCAGUGCUCAUGUUCCAACUGGGUUUGCUCUGCCUCCAGACAGCUGCCAUGACAACAAGCUCCGCCCCUUUCCCCUCCCCUCCCACUGUGACUCCCUCUUCACUUCUUUACGUGGCUUAAAAGAGGAGGAGCUACUGCUGGACUGCAGCUUACAACUUCCUAGUUGUUCAGUCAAGGCUCACCGAUUGGUGCUUGCAGCUGUCAGUCGGAAGGCAGAGGCGUGGCUACUUUCGGGACAGAUGGUGGUAACGCAGGUGAACUUAUUCAGUGUUGAAGAAUCAGAAUGUUCUAUAACUCCAAUAGGACUAAAGGCUGUGUUGAACUUUGCUUACUACGGAGAAACGGAUGUGACCUGCACUGAAAGCAUAGAUUUGGAGGAGAUAUUCAUGGCUUGCAGGUGUUUAGAGGCAGAACGGCUGGCGGAGGUGUGUAGGGGUGAAGCUCUGCCCAGCGGGAGUGCAGAAAGAGGGAGGAGCCUCCAGGUGAUCAGGAAGCUGUGGGAGAGGCAUGUGGGCUGUGAUGUCAUCAUAGAGGCAGAGAGUGGAGAGCGCUUCCCUGCCCAUCGCGUCAUCCUCGCUGCUGGAGGGGACUACUUUCGGGCCCUCUUCUGCGGAGGGUUACGUGAGUCUGAAGAGGAGGUGGUGCGUCUGCGAGGCGUUGAAGCCAGCGUGCUGCGAUCACUGCUCGACUUCAUCUACUCCGGACAGCUAAAGCUGGGCUGGCAAAAUGUGUGGGACCUCACGGAAGCAGCCAUGCAGUUUCAGCUGCAGGGGGCGCUCACGCUCUGCCUAAACUUCCUACAGGAUUACAUGGAUGACGGUUCAUGUUUGGACGCGUUGUCUCUCGCUGAGACUUACGGCCUGGAACAGCUGGGCAGGGCAGCAGAGGACUACGCUCUAGCCCACUUUCAGAGGGUCUCAGAGGGGGAGAGGUUCAAGGAUCUCUCCUGCUCCCUGCUGGAACGUCUGCUGGAGAGAGAUGCACUGAGCGCAGACAGUGAGGUGGCAGUGUUCAGAGCAGCAGUGACGUGGGUAGAGGAGGAGAAAGCGCAGAGGUUGGGCAGUCUUCCAGGACUUCUCCAGCGGAUCCGCUUUCCCCUGAUGACCCAUCGAGAGCUGAUGGAGGUCCAGAACUGCAGACUGCUGAGUAGGAGCUCAGAAGGAAGGGCAGCCUUGGAGACAGUGAGGAAACUUCUAGAGGGAAAUCAAAGAGUUGUAGGCUGUAAACCUCGUACCCCAAAUCAGGUCUUGGUGCUGGUUGGGGGAGACAGCGUGAAUGAGAACUUCGAGCGGCGGGAGCCGAACCACUGCCUGUGGUUCGCUCGUCGCUUUCUGCGUGGAGAGGGCCUCAUUCGGACUGUGGAGUGGGAGCCACUGGCUCAGCUCCCGGAGCCCUCGCGACUCCGCCACUGCGUGUGUGUGCUCAAUAAUAUACUGUACGUACUGGGGGGCCGCAAGUACUACGGAAAACUGGACAUACUGAAGUCUGCAGUGAGAUUCGACCCUGCCCAAGGAAAAUGGGAGUGUUUGCCAGAUAUGGCCAGUCCUAGAGACUACUUUGCUGCUGUGUGUAAAGGGGGCAAGGUGUUUGUCCUGGGUGGUAACUAUGAUGACAUGAAUUGCCUGGAUUCUGUGGAGUACUACACACCUGAAGAUAACACCUGGAGGUUGGCUCACCCUUUAGACACACCCGUCUGUGGCCAUGCAGCUGCGGUGCUGGACAGGGAGAUUUACGUUUCCGGUGGUUGUGACUCUCGUCUGCGCUGCCUUCCUUCUUUAUGGCACUACGACCCCGUCUACGGCUGCUCUAGCUGCGCUCCCAUGGCAAGCGGAGCAGGUCGUGCAGGUCAUGUGAUGCUGGCUGUGGGAAACCAACUGGUCGUGGCUGGGGGGCUGCAGCCCAUGUGGGUGGGGUAUGGCGACCAGUUACAAUGCGAGGCAUAUGAUCUGCUCAGGAAUUCCUGGACACCUCUGCCCCUCCUGCCUCGGCCUCACCUCUCCCCUGCCGCCACUUAUCUCGAUGGACAGCUGUACAUCCUGGGUGGGUCUUCGGCUGACUCUGCGCGAGACAUGCCAUGGGUUCAUCGCUACGAUCCUCGGGAAAACUGCUGGGACAAACUCGGAAUGAUGCCCCGACCUUAUGCCGACCUUGCGGCAUGUGCGCUUCAGUUACCCAUAAGUCUUCAGGGUUAAAGCAAUAGUGUGGUCCAAAAUGACAUGGUUACUUAGGGGAGGGCGAUACGGCAGAAAUAUAUCAUGAUACUUUGAGACAUUUUCACGAUACACAAUCUGUAGCACGUUUGCAGUUUGAAGUAACAGGCAAAAAAGUAAUCAGUAACGUUGUGUUUAAAAAUUACUAU